GCAGUUCCUCCCAAAUAUCAAUGACGAAGAUGGAGAAGAACGCGCCUCGCUAAUGCGCAUGCGCUCUGUAUUUUCUCUCGACGUUAGGUUUCGUAUCCAAACGAUAUUUUGAUUUUCAUUCUGCUGGUUUUUAGAGAGCGUUUGACUGCAUACAUGAGGCAUCAGAACACAUCUUUGUUUGUUCGGAACAUUUCCGACGAGUCCAGGCCUGAGGAUUUGCGGCGUGAGUUUGGCCGCUAUGGGCCGAUAGUAGAUGUCUACAUCCCACUUGACUUCUAUACACGUCAACCAAGAGGAUUUGCAUACAUUCAAUUUGAAGAUGUGAGGGACGCAGAAGACGCUCUUCACAGCCUGGACAGGAAGUGGGUGUGUGGCCGACAGAUCGAGAUCCAGUUCGCUCAGGGCGACCGGAAAACACCCAACCAGAUGAAGUCCAAAGAGAGACGGUCUCCAGGCCGAUCAUCUCGAUAUGACGACUACGGUGACGGCUGGCGCCGGCGAUCUCGCAGCCGCAGCUAUGAGCGGUACCGCUCGCGCAGCCCGUCCUACGACCGCCGUCGCCGACGCUCCGAGAGCCCGAGAGAACGUGGACCGAGAUACGGGCGACCCAGAAGCAGGAGCCGCGAGGACGACAGGUACAGGCAGAGGCCCCACAGAGAGUCCAGACGGAGAAGCAGGUCCCGAUCCAGGUCCGGAUCUCCCCGAGAGCCCAUGAACCCGUCAGGAUCCCACUACACCGAAGAGGAGCCACCACGGGUCGUAACCCCCUCCCGGUCCAAGUCCCGCUCCAUGUCCCGGUCCCGCUCUCGUUCCCGCUCUCGUUCCUGGGCCGGGCGCAAGACCGGAGGGCGCUAAGACCCGUGUCCCUACGACCCCGUUAGAUGGACCUGGGCAGCGUUUGGUCUUUUCUUCACGUACCUGGUUCGACAUGAAUGUGACGCCCCCAGAACCCGAGGCUCCAUCACCAGAACAUCUCCGCUGCUUCGGCUUCGUUUGGUUUUUCUGUUGGUUCCGUGUCCGCCGUUGCCCCGCCCACGUCGUUAAUGUUAUGUUUUUUAUUUGUACAGUUACUGAUCUCUGCUCGGGAAGCCUUCUGCUCUUUUUGAUGAACCUGAAGUAUUUCAGAAGAUGAUCUUUGUUUGGCCACACGUCACCGUGAGUUUUAUUCCUGUUCAUCAUCACCGGCCGGUCCAGCCGCCAUCAGAAGUCUGAUUGAACUGGUUUCAGGUGGAAAAUCCCGAGCUGAGCUUCGCUAAAGCAGCAGGCUGGAAAGUGUUAAAGUGUCGGAACUGUUGGGUUUUAUUUGUGUUAGCUUUCCUCCACAUACCGGUUCAGAGAGAAGGACCGGAUUUCCCCGUUAGCCGGAGUGUGGUUCUCUCGGAGCGACUCGUGUCGGUGCAUGUUUUAUUCUCCUCAUCUUUGUCUUUAGCAGGAACAAGCUGUUAUUUUCAGUAAUAAACUAACAUUCAGUAUAAAAACUCA